GAAAUUUCCCGGGAUUAUGUUUCGGAAAGGUAGGUAAGCGCCGGGCGCGGCGCCCGCUUUCCCGCAGCCCGGAGUCGGAGAGCCAGCGAGGCGGCAAGGCAGCCCCUGCGGCUUGCAGCGGAGCCGACAGCUCGUCUUCUCUUCUGGAGGUGCAGCUGGUGGUCGCGGGGAGAGACUUGCUCCAAACACGGACAUCCCCCAGCUCUCCCCCCUCCCUGUUUUCCGUUAGGAACCCGGCGAGGAAAUACAUGCACUGGCUGAGACUCGCCCGCGCCAGGGCGCAACGCCACAAGGUGUAGGGAGUGUGUGGGGUGGGGCGAAAGGGGACCCAAGAAUCCCUGUGGCUCGGAGUGCCGGGCCGUCGGUUCUUCAUUCCUGCCCUCGGGGCAGACGGAGUGACCCCGGAGCCCACUCCCCGCCCCGACCAUGGUAGUGUUCAAUGGCCUUCUUAAGAUCAAAAUCUGCGAGGCCGUGAGCUUGAAGCCCACAGCCUGGUCGCUGCGCCAUGCGGUGGGACCCCGGCCGCAGACUUUCCUUCUCGACCCCUACAUUGCUCUCAAUGUGGACGACUCGCGCAUUGGCCAAACGGCCACCAAGCAGAAGACCAACAGCCCGGCCUGGCACGACGAGUUCGUCACCGAUGUGUGCAACGGGCGCAAGAUCGAGCUGGCUGUCUUUCACGAUGCCCCCAUAGGCUACGACGACUUCGUGGCCAACUGCACCAUCCAGUUUGAGGAGCUGCUGCAGAACGGGAGCCGCCACUUCGAGGACUGGAUUGAUCUGGAGCCAGAAGGAAGAGUGUAUGUGAUCAUCGAUCUCUCAGGGUCGUCGGGUGAAGCCCCUAAAGACAAUGAAGAGCGCGUGUUCAGGGAACGCAUGCGGCCGAGGAAGCGGCAGGGGGCCGUCAGGCGCAGGGUCCAUCAGGUCAACGGCCACAAGUUCAUGGCCACCUAUCUUCGGCAGCCCACCUACUGCUCCCACUGCAGAGACUUCAUCUGGGGUGUCAUAGGAAAGCAGGGAUACCAGUGUCAAGUUUGCACCUGUGUGGUCCACAAGCGGUGCCAUGAGCUUAUCAUCACCAAGUGUGCUGGGUUAAAGAAGCAGGAGACCCCCGACCAGGUGGGCUCCCAGCGGUUCAGUGUCAACAUGCCCCACAAGUUCGGUAUCCACAACUACAAGGUCCCCACCUUCUGCGAUCACUGUGGGUCCCUCCUCUGGGGCCUCUUGCGGCAGGGUUUGCAGUGUAAAGUCUGCAAAAUGAAUGUUCACCGUCGAUGUGAGACCAACGUGGCUCCCAACUGUGGAGUGGAUGCCAGAGGAAUCGCCAAAGUGCUGGCUGACCUGGGCGUUACCCCUGACAAAAUCACCAACAGCGGCCAGAGGAGGAAAAAGCUCAUUGCUGGUGCCGAGUCCCCGCAACCUGCUUCUGGAACCUCACCAUCUGAGGAAGAUCGAUCCAAGUCAGCACCCACCUCCCCUUGUGACCAGGAAAUAAAAGAACUUGAGAACAACAUUCGAAAAGCCUUGUCAUUUGACAACCGAGGGGAGGAGCACCGGGCAGCAUCAUCUCCUGAUGGCCAGCUGAUGAGCCCUGGUGAGAACGGCGAAGUCCGGCAAGGCCAGGCCAAGCGGCUGGGCCUGGAUGAGUUCAACUUCAUCAAGGUGUUGGGCAAAGGCAGCUUUGGCAAGGUCAUGUUGGCAGAACUCAAGGGCAAAGAUGAAGUAUAUGCUGUGAAGGUCUUAAAGAAGGACGUCAUCCUUCAGGAUGAUGACGUGGACUGCACAAUGACAGAGAAGAGGAUUUUGGCUCUGGCACGGAAACACCCUUACCUUACCCAACUCUACUGCUGCUUCCAGACCAAGGACCGCCUCUUUUUCGUCAUGGAAUAUGUAAAUGGUGGAGACCUCAUGUUUCAGAUUCAGCGCUCCCGAAAAUUUGAUGAGCCUCGUUCACGGUUCUAUGCUGCAGAGGUCACGUCGGCCCUCAUGUUCCUCCACCAGCAUGGAGUCAUCUACAGGGAUUUGAAACUGGACAACAUCCUUCUGGAUGCAGAAGGUCACUGCAAGCUGGCUGACUUUGGGAUGUGCAAGGAAGGGAUUCUGAAUGGUGUGACGACCACCACCUUCUGUGGGACUCCUGACUACAUAGCUCCCGAGAUCCUGCAGGAGUUGGAGUACGGCCCCUCCGUGGACUGGUGGGCCUUGGGGGUGCUGAUGUAUGAGAUGAUGGCUGGACAGCCUCCCUUUGAGGCCGACAAUGAGGACGACCUAUUUGAGUCCAUCCUCCAUGACGACGUGCUGUACCCAGUCUGGCUCAGCAAGGAGGCGGUCAGCAUCUUGAAAGCUUUCAUGACAAAGAAUCCCCACAAGCGCCUGGGCUGUGUGGCAUCACAGAACGGCGAGGACGCCAUCAAGCAGCACCCAUUCUUCAAAGAGAUAGACUGGGUGCUCCUGGAGCAGAAGAAGAUCAAGCCACCCUUCAAACCGCGCAUUAAAACCAAAAGAGACGUCAAUAAUUUUGACCAAGACUUUACCCGGGAAGAGCCGGUACUCACCCUUGUGGACGAAGCAAUUGUAAAGCAGAUCAACCAGGAGGAAUUCAAAGGCUUCUCCUACUUUGGUGAAGACCUGAUGCCCUGAGAGCCCACUGCAGUUGGACUUUGCCAAUGCUGCAGGAAGGGGUGCAGAGAAGACUCCUGUGUUGCAGAGACUCAGCAGGUCUUGAACUACUUCUCCUCCUCGGAGCCCCAGUCCCAUGUCCACUGUCUAUUUAUUGCAUUCCCUUGCCCCAGGCCACCUCCUCCCCCUCCCACCUGGUGACCAGAAGGCGCUCUCGGUUCUUGUCUCACCAGUAAUACAGACUCAUUGGGUCAGCAGUUAGCUGUAUACACUGCCGUGUUUGGACCGUUGGCAAGCCUGGUUCCACUCCUCAGGGGCUCCUGGCAGUGAAGCAACUUCAGUUCUUUUACUGCAAAGAAAAGAAAAAAGAAAGAAAGCAAACAAGAAGACUCUGGCUCUGCUAUUGGACACAGAUCCUGACCCCUCUUGCUUCUUUUCCCUCCUGCGCCCCAGCUCGCCAUCCCUGCCCUUCUGUCCUGGAGAAGAGACUGGUGCUUCUCCGCACGCACGAGGGAGGGCGCCCUCAAGGCAUGCCCUCUGAGGGCGGGAGGCCAGAGAUGCAGGGAUUGGCCAGCUGGGUUGGUUUGCUCUGGAAUGGGUAAUUCUUGCCUGCUUUGGUUUUAGCUUUUCAGCAUGCCAAAGUCAUGUAAGUCUGUGUCUUGUGGAAGAAAUCCUCUUUGUGGAAAAAGGAACGGGGUUUUGAACUCUGUUAACAUUUGAAAAAUAUAUUUUCAAAUUCACUUUCUAAUUGGCCAAAAGAUAUAAAUUCCAGUCUGAAUACAGGUAGAUAUUAAAGGGCUAAUACAAAAUGAGAAACCGGUCGUCCAAGGUGGAUGCUGUCAGCGACCGAGUGACACAUGAGGGCUGUAUGAAUUGAGAGAAAAGGCAGCAAGUAGCGUUCCUCAUUAUUCAAGUUCUACCUGGACACAAAGGCCAGGACCCUGGGGUUCCAACAAAGCUCAGCUCCCAAAUUCUCUUUCCAGUUUCAUCCUAAGUUCCUAGCAUAAACACUAUUUAUUUUCUGCAGCAGUGUGUUAUUUUAGCGCACUUAUACAAAAUGGUAGUACUACUGUGUUGUGGUUUUUAAACAUUAAACAUGUAAAGUUAUACAUGAAAUACCUGCUUUUGGAAUAAGCAGAAUGAGGCUAAACAUGGGUUAUACAAAGGGUAUCUGGAGACUGAACAGCAACCUGUUUGAAAACUGACAGUGUCACAAGAUGUAGUCAGUUUUGUUACUGUGUGACAUGCAAUGGCAACUCAUGUGGACACUAUUUAAGGGAUGUGACAUUACCUCCUGUAGAUAUGCUAACAGUGUUAUUCUUUCAUUUCCAAGGGUUCUGUGUGGCUUUGUGUAUAUGUUUCCUGGAGGUCAUUUGAUUACCUAAUUUACUGAACUGAUUCAGCAGGGAAUGGAAUCCAUUCCAACUAUUGCACGUGGAUUUCCCAGCUGCCCCUAAAUAUAUAUACUUGUGAGUGGCAAAGUGGCACUAAUGAAGCUUUUUGCCUUUUGUACAUUUGAGAUUUUUGUAUAUAGUGUUUGCUGCAAGGCCUGUGGAAUUAAUUCAUUGAAUAUAGAGGUAUCAACUGCUGCAUGUUCAGGCAUAUUAUAAAACUUUAGUCUAUGAAAGAAUAAUUAUAAUAAUGUCCAGGUGCAAUACUCUGUAAGUGUAUUGGUUCAAGUUACCGAGACAUAAAUGUGUUCCUUUAUGGGGGAUGGGGGGGGGUGUGUUGGGGAUUCUUUGUAUUGUUUAUUUCAUUUUGGUUUAUUUUAAAAGAUGUAAACAUGUAUUAAGCUAUAUUAAAUCUCACAUACAGUUCUCCUGUGCUCUAUUAUACCCUGAUAGAGAUGGGGGAGAGAAAGGAAUGUUUUUGAUGGUGGUUUCAAAACUCGGACAGUAACCAUCUUGAGCCCAUAGAGAGUCUGUGUCUGUAUUUGCAUCUGGCUGGUCAUAGCCUUUGUUACUAAUGAUGACAUUCAGUUCUCUUUUGUUUUUAUUUUUUAAAAACUCAGGUGUAAUUAUUAUCUGUUCUUAUAAUAAUUGCAAAUAUUAAAUAUUAUGAUAUAUCAAUUCAUGUGUUUGGCAUACCAGUGAAUGAUGAAGAACAUUAGAUUAAUUUAAUUUAUCUUCGGUAACUUGACAUUCUGGAGAGAGAUUAUCUUCUGGAGUUGAGUACAAGCACAGAAACAUCUUUACGGUGGCAUCAUCUCAUUUUUUAGGAAGACAUGAUAAUACUGCCCAUCAUACUCAUGUGUAACUACUGUUCUUUCUUCUGCUUUCUUCACCAUUAUAAACUUUGGACAACCAAGCAAGCUCUAACUGCAAUGCCAGAUGGCCUUGUCCAGGGGUCUGGUGUUUGCAUGGCAGUGGGGACUGGGCCUUUCCUACAGGACAACUGGCAAGUUUGCUGGGAAGUCAAAUAAUACAUUCCACCUGGCAGCUGAAGGCAGUCAGUCAGUCUGUCCCAGAAAGGGCCCUUUUUAGCACCCCAGGCUGGGCUGGCUGGGAUGCCUCUGGCUGGUGAAGUUCUCACACAGGCAGAUUUAAAUCCAGCAAAGGUCUAUAGAAAAAGGCUUGUGUGUUCCUUGAGUAGUCAUUGUUUCAUUUUCAUUUUUACAAGAGUUUGAAAAUAGACACACUGUUAACACUUCUGCCAGUUUUUUCUAAUCUUUCCCGCCCCACCCCCUUUCUCUUUCUCUCUCUCUCUCUCUAAAAAAAAAAAAAAAAAAAAAAAAAAAGUGGGGGGGAGUGCAAAAAAAAAAAGCCAAAAAACAUAUAUGAAGGAUAGCUGUUCUCCUGUGUUCUCUCAUUAUGGGCUUUGUGAAGUAGAAACAUAAUUUUUUUCCUCCAAAGGUGAAAAAACAACUUAUUCUUGCUUUUUUUAAAAAAAAAAAAAAAAAAGAAGGCUAAAAAAUUACCUCUUUUUAAAUUAUGUGCAAAAUAAUUCUGGCUAACUAUAAAAUGUAUUCAAUUUUAGGAUUUUUUUUUUUUUUUUGUAUUGUGAUGCUUUAUUUGUACAUUUUUUCUUUUCUGGAUGUAAUUUUAAUCUCUUGCCAUUCAUUAGUGUUAUUUCAUUGUAAACAUUAUUGUGCCAAAUGUACUGUAUUCAAAAGGAUGUGAAUGUGUAUUGUUUCAGAACCUAAUAAAUACAAUGACGUUAAGUCUUA